CGCAGAAAACGUGGGUUCAGCAGUCGAUUUUAUCAGCGUUUCAAACCAAAUUGCGUUGGUAAGCGUUUGCGUCUGAAAUUUUUUUUUUUAACUCUUCCAGUUCCCGAUGCUGUCCAGAGCCUUUUUUCAUCAUGAAAAAUGCAUGCAAGGCGUUUUCAAGGUACACUGAAAAACACUGAAAACAGGAUGUUCCUACCAACCUUGUCAUACAUUGUAAUGACCAAUUCACACCUCUGACCUCUCCCACCCUUGGAAACAAAAGAUAUGUUAAUGACCAUUCACACCUCAAAUUCCUCAUGA